AGAGGCUUUAAUGGUGAUGUAAACGUGAACAAUAUGGCUUCCGAUCGGUUAACUUUUAACGUAAAAACAUCCACGUUGCAAGACCAAAAUGAAAGGUUUUUGACUAGAAAAAUGGCAUACAAUGCAAUGGAAAAUAACUUUGGGCAUUCAUCGUAUGACACGAUGAAAAGGCAAGAAUUAGUGGCUUUAGAUAUUGAUGCGCCAGACAUGUCAAUGGAUAUAGCCUCAACUGGCGGUGGAGUAGAAUUCCUUUCGGCCGACCUGAGACAGAGAGGCACAACAAAUGGUUCUACUAAAGGAUAUAUAUCGGGAACGAUUCAACCAUUUUCACGUAAUCAAACUGGUAUUAUUGGCCGAGUUGUUCAGGAGUGGAAAUCACUGGCUGGCAAAGCACAGACAAGAAGACUUGCAAUAUUUAGUGUAUUUACAGUGAUUUGUAUUUUGGUCUUGCUCAUAUGGUGUAAUUCUACAGGCAGUAUGGCCUUAACUGCAUACACCAAUCUUUUAAUCUUUGACUUAACAUACCUUGGAACAGCAUUGGUUAGUAUAUGGGUGAGACAACAGAAAUCAUCGUCUUCAUUUUCCUUUGGGUACGAGAGGUUUGAAGUAUUAGCUGUUUUUGCAAGUACUAUGUUGGCAAUAUUUGGAGCAGUUUUUAUUAUGAAAGAAAGUACUGAGCUUUUACUUAAGCCAGAGGAGGUGCAUACUGGUAGGCUACUACUAGGGGCUGGCCUAGGAUUCUUCUGCCAUAUCUUUGUCAUAUAUGGAGUGAAAAAUGUAGCUUUUGACCAUGUGAUUGCUGCGUCUAGUUCCAGUUGGCUGCAAGUGCAUUUUGCUGAUAUGAGCAGAAGUUUUUGCUCUGUAUUACCUGGCUUAGAUAGGCUGCUGUUACCGCGUGUCAACCCCCUCAUGUUGAUUGGUCUUGCUGGAGGGGUUGCUCUAUUUAUUGUUGAUCUACUUGUUGAUGUAAAUAAUUAUUAUGUAGCUGAUAUAUUGGCGGCGUACAGUAUAGCGUUGAUGAUCUGUGGGACAAUGUUCCCUAUGAGUGUAUAUAGUGGAACAAUAUUGCUGCAGACUACCCCAGAACACAUCAUUGGUCAGUUGGACAAGAGUUUGAGAGAGGCCUCCACUUUAGAUGGCGUUUUAGAGUUUCGUAAUGAACAUUUCUGGACUUUAUCAUUUGGAACUCUGGCCGGGUCAUUACAUGUACGAGUACGUAGAGAUGCUGACGAACAGCUUGUUUUAGCCCAUGUUGCAAAUAAAUUAUCAAAUCUAGUUUUCAACCUAACAAUUCAAGUGAUCAAAGACGAUUGGACACGUCCGUCAUCAAUGGCAGGCUUUACCAGAGGAACACUCAAAACAUUUACUAGUCUCCCUCCGCCAGCACCUUUAUCCUCUAAUAUAUCAACUGUAUACAACCCGAGAGAACAGCCAUACCAAUUAGCGUCUGGAAUUGAGAAAGAGUAUAAAUCAGCCUUUUUAUCAACGCCAACUCGUGCAUCUAGUACACCACAUGGAACGCCAAUGAAGGAUUUAAGUUUCCAUUCAAAUUUAGAACCUAUUUCUAAUGGACCUCAACAGACAAUUCCGAGUAUCACGUCACGAUAUGCUGCCAGUACUACAGUAGGGUUAUCAGCAUUUGCAUCUAACACUUACGCAGAGGCUAAUCCAAGUCAGUUUAGAGCAAACCCUAGAGUUGGAAUUGAUUUCUCAAAGCCUUACUUACCUAAAGACACUUACAGGGUGCAAACCACAGGGCUGAAUUCUGGACCUGUAUCAAGUAGACAAGGUGCAGGGACAUCUUUUGAUAUGAAUAGCUUAGGAAAAGUCAAUUUUUAUGGUGCAGAGGGCAGCAGACAACCAUACGUUAAUAGAUUCACAGAGAACAGGUGAUCCUGAGAUUUAUCUGAAUAAUAAUGUUUUACCCACCUGGAAUAUUUAUAAUUAAUGCUUACAUAAACAAACAACUCUUUUUUUUUUAUCAUUAGUGGCUUGGUGAUAUGUUAGAACAUUAUCAAAUAUAUUUGCAUAUAAGGACACAGAUAAUUAUAAACUGACUAUAUAGCUUACCAUUUAUUUAUAUUUACAAUUUUCUUCUUUUAUCAUUGUUAAUAUAGUGUAACUGUUAUUUUAUGUUUAAUUAUAUACAGUACAUGCGAUAUUUAUCUUCUAAUGACAAAUUUAUUUUUAAAAAUUAUGAAUAUUCAGUAAAACAUUUGAUCAGUUUUAUUGUAUUUUAAAAUUCUAAGGUUAUUGUUGUUUUUGAUUAGCUAUUUUCUAUAAAUUUGUGCAUAAAAUCAUUGUUGAGUAACUCUUCUUCUGUUUUUUUUUUUUUUGCUUAAGUAAUAUUUUGAUGGCCACAAUAUUCUUUAGUGAUCACAAUAUUUGUUGGUGCUAUUUUAUCUGUCUUAAUAUCAUGUACUAUAUAAUAGUAAUUAAAUUUCAAAGCAUACUAAACGUUUUUGAAUUUAUCUGGGAUUUUAUAUUAAAAUAAGGAGAUAAGUUUUCUAAUACCUGUAGUGCAAUAUAUUGGACUUGACAAGUAUAAAGUCAGUUUCUCAAUCAACCCUAUUAUGGAUUUAAGGAGUUUGCAUAUGAGAUGCAUACCAUAUAGAUAAUUAAUGUUGAUCAUGUUACUUACAUACCAUGCACAGUGUUAUUGUUCAUCAAAUAAGCAGUGACAAUUACACACAUGUAAUAGUCACUGCUAUUUGAUGACCAAUAAUAUCUGCAUAGUAUUGGUUAUCAAAUAAGCAAUGACUAAUGCAUGUUACAAUUUAUGGUAUACAGAUGUGGUUAAGUAGUAACAGGGUUCAAAUUUCCUCAAAAUGCUUCAUCAGCAAAUAGUUGCCUACAGCAACAAGCUUCAUAAAUUGAUUUAAGAAUAGGCCUAUUCUGUAAAUUAAAGUAUACAAUCCAUUGUUGGGGCAGGUGACUCAACAUCAAAAAGCUUGCUGUCGAGCCUGGGAUUUACAAUAGCAAUGGAAGACCCUUUCUACAGCAAUUGCUGUCUGUGCUGUGGGGGAGAUUCAAACCCUGUUUAACACCUGUACAGGUGUGUUAAGAACUCAUAUGAUAUACAUUUGGUUGAUAGCACCCACAUGAUAUACAUUUGGUUGAUAGCAGCAAUAUGAUAGGCCUGUACAGGUGGCUCAUAACAGCAUAUUAUGUUAAACAGGUGGUUGAUAAUAAUAAUAUGGGGUGUGUGUGGACACACCAUUUACAAACUAAAUAUAUUCAUUUGCUGAUCCAAACUAAAGUUAAUGUGAUUGCCAAUCCCUAAUAUUGUUGUCUAAAAGCAAAAUUUUGGUAACGUGUAAAGCCCGUUUUCCACUAGGCAAAUUUAUUCACGUGAAUUGAAAGCGUGAGUUCAUGCGCAUUCACGUUCUAUCAGGAGUUUUUCACUUCAGCGAAAUCAGUAGUUUAAACUGUUUGGCGAAGCGAAAGAAUGAGCAAGCAAUCAGAGCUCAGAAAGCGAACCAACACUUUCGAUUCGUGCAACUAAAUUCGCCUACUUGAAAACAGGUUUAAAACAUGAUAAAAUCUCUCCCCAUGAACCUCACCAAGGCUUUUAUUCCAGGACCCCUAUUUUUUUAACACAGCCAAUAAUUUACUAUAUUUAUUGAUUUGGUCAUUAUGUACUAAUUGUGGUAUUUACUUCUCACAAUGUUAUAUCAAAAAACAAAUUUAGUUUUUAAUAAAACGAUAAAAAUAAUGCUGUAUAAACUAUGGUCAUUUGAGGCAUAGUGGAGUGGAUUUGUCCACCCAGGAUAUUAGAAGGUAAGCAUUUUAGUCACCAAGCCAAACCUUCUUUGUGCACCUUUCUAUAUUUGCUGAUCAAAUUUCUGUUGCUGCUUUGUACUCAACAGAGUACUUAACAUUUUUCUUUUUUUUUUUGUGUAUAUUGUGAAUAAAAGUUAUGAUGUAAAUAUUUAAGAUUAUGAAA